UGUGGCAGACACGGACAGACGAGGGGAGUUAGUUAUUGCGUCUCCAGUAGGACCGUUACUUCACCGCUGUUCUUGUUGCUCUUGAUUAUCUGAACUCGGACGAAACGUUACACAGAGUGAACAUGAUAUUAUUUUCUCAUCAGCUUUUCAUCCUCCUAUGGAUUGUUGUCACAGUGGUGUCUUUUUCUGUAGGGGUAGAGUCCAACAACACCGCUCCUGGCACACAUGACAGUCCUGGGCUCACAGAUACAUCCAUGACCCCAGGAGAUAGAUCCACCACCCUCUUAUCCACAAAUACCCCAGACUCUACUGAACCCAGCUCCACCACCACAGACAGAGCCACCAUCACCACCCAGGACCCCUCAACUGUCCUCCCGAGCAAUGAUGGCACCUCACCCACAACAGCGGCCAUCUCUAAAACUGAAGAGGUCUCUACGACAACAGACCUGACCUCCACUUCUGAUACGACAGAGUCUAAGAGAGCAGUCGGCACCACUGCGAUGGAAACAAGAACUACCUCGUCGGUCAGCACAGCAAGGUUGACUUCCUCCCACAAGACCACAGCGUACACUGUCACUUCCCCUGAGUCGACCGAAAAAGACAGUCCGUCUACAGACAGUGACAUGACAACACCCACCACCACACCUGCCCUUAGCAGAGGUGACUCUACGUCUACCAUGGAACAUACAGGCCGUACCUCAGCUGAUGUCCCCACAGAGUCAAACACAACUGCAGACAUUAUCCCAACCAGCAGUACCACUGAUACAGGUACACAUGAAACAACAGCUAUCAACACAGCUACCACAGAUACAGGUACACAUGAAACAACAGCUAUCAACACAGCUACCACAGAUACAGGUACACAUGAAACAACAGCUAUCAACACAGCUACCACAGAUACAGGUACACAUGAAACAACAGCUAUCAACACAGCUACCACAGAUACAGGUACACAUGAAACAACAGCUAUCAACACAGCUACCACAGAUACAGGUACACAUGAAACAACAGCUAUCAACACAGCUACCACAGAUACAGGUACACAUGAAACAACAGCUAUCAACACAGCUACCACAGAUACAGGUACACAUGAAACAACAGCUAUCAACACAGAUACCACAGAUACAGGUACCACAGAGACAGGCACACAUGAAACAACACCUAUCAACACAGAUACCACAGAUACAGGUACCACAGAGACAGGCACACAUGAAACAACAGCUAUCAACACAGAUACCACAGAUACAGGUACCACAGAUACAGGUACCACAGAGACAGGCACACAUGAAACAACAGUUAUCAACACAGCUACCAGAGAUACAGGUACACAUGAAACAACAGCUAUCAACACAGCUACCACAGAUACAGGUACACAUGAAACAACAGUUAUCAACACAGCUACCAUAGAUACAGGUACACAUGAAACAACAGUUAUCAACACAGCUACCACAGAUACAGGUACACAUGAAACAACAGCUAUCAACACAGCUACCACAGAUACAGGUACACAUGAAACAACAGCUAUCAACACAGCUACCACAGAUACAGGUACACAUGAAACAACAGCUAUCAACACAGCUACCACAGAUACAGGUACACAUGAAACAACAGCUAUCAACACAGCUACCACAGAUACAGGUACACAUGAAACAACAGUUAUCAACACAGCUACCACAGAUACAGGUACACAUGAAACAACAGCAAUCAACACAGCUACCACAGAUACAGGUACACAUGAAACAACAGCAAUCGACACAGCUACCACAGGUACACAUGAAACAACAGCUAUCAACACAGCUACCACAGAUACAGGUACACAUGAAACAACAGCUAUCAACACAGCUACCACAGAUACAGGUACACAUGAAACAACAGCUAUCAACACAGCUACCACAGAUACAGGUACACAUGAAACAACAGUUAUCAACACAGCUACCACAGAUACAGGUACACAUGAAACAACAGCUAUCAACACAGCUACCACAGAUACAGGUACCACAGAGACAGGCACACAUGAAACAACGGCUAUCAACACAGCUACCACAGAUACAGGUACACAUGAAACAACAGCUAUCAACACAGCUACCACAGAUACAGGUACACAUGAAACAACAGCUAUCGACACAGCUGCCACAGAUACAGGUACACAUGAAACAACAGCUAUCAACACAGAUACAGGUACACAUGAAACAACAGCUAUCAACACAGCUACCACAGAUACAGGUACACAUGAAACAACAGCUAUCAACACAGCUACCACUGAUACAGGUACACAUGAAACAACAGCUAUCAACACAGCUACCAUAGAUACAGGUACACAUGAAACAACAGUUAUCAACACAGCUACCACAGAUACAGGUACACAUGAAACAACAGCUAUCAACACAGCUACCACAUAUACAGGUACACAUGAAACAACAGCUAUCGACACAGCUACCACAGAUACAGGUACACAUGAAACAACAGCUAUCAACACAGAUACAGGUACACAUGAAACAACAGCUAUCAACACAGCUACCACAGAUACAGGUACACAUGAAACAACAGCUAUCAACACAGCUACCAUAGAUACAGGUACACAUGAAACAACAGCUAUCAACACAGAUACCACAGAUACAGGUACACAUGAAACAACAGCUAUCAACACAGCUACCACAGAUACAGGUACACAUGAAACAACAGCUAUCAACACAGCUACCAUAGAUACAGGUACACAUGAAACAACAGCUAUCAACACAGCUACCACAGGUACACAUGAAACAACAGCUAUCAACACAGCUACCACAGAUACAGGUACACAUGAAACAACAGCUAUCAACACAGCUACCACAUAUACAGGUACACAUGAAACAACAGCUAUCAACACAGCUACCACAGAUACAGGUACACAUGAAACAACAGUUAUCAACACAGCUACCACAGAUACAGGUACCACAGAGACAGGCACACAUGAAACAACAGCUAUCAACACAGCUACCACAGAUACAGGUACCAAAGACAGUGAGACCACAGGUUCAAGGAUCACAAAGUCCACCAUCCCACCAACUGGUCAGACCUCUCUCCCAGCAACUGAGGGUAGUACCCUGUCUUCAAUACCCCUCUCCGCCACUACAAGGGGUCCUGAGACCGCUCUUCCAGUGACCGAUGGCUCCACGUCCUCAUCCCCCACCGCUACCAUUACAGGGAGCCCUCAUACAGACAAAACCACUGGAACAGAGGGGACUACCGAUUCUACAACCACAGCUGGCACUCCAGCUUUGCCCCCCACCUCCGGCUCUUCCUCCAGCCCACCCUCUCCAGGCUCAACCCAAACCCCAGGCAGCAGCACUGCUGCCCCCGUAGACACCUCCACCAUCACCCCUGCCCCCUCACCCACCAUCACACCUACAGGAGAAACCCCUGGGCAACCAACUAGCAAAACUAGUGAGAGCCCACUUCCUCCUUUCCACACCUCCACCUCCCCUACCGGUGGAAUCACCACCCAGCCAGAGUCAGCCAUCACUGCUACCACAUCCCUGCCUCCACCCAUCUCCAUAGUGUGUCCCUCCUCUCCCUGUCCGUAUGAUAGCAUCUGUCUCAACGGCACCUGCCAGUGUAUGUCUGGGACCUUUCUCUUAGAGGGCCGCUGUGUACAAGCCCAAGUCUUCUCUGGAGACCUGCAUCUCAACCAGACAUUUCAGGCUGAAAUGAGCAACCGGUCAUCAGGGAUAUUUCAGCAAACAGCAGCCAGGAUCUCAGAGGCACUGAGAAGAGCCUUGGAAAACGAGUCUGGAUACAGCCAAACUGAUGUUGUGCUGCUUCGGCGAGGCAGUGUGAUCGCGACCGUGAACAACGUGUUUAAACUAGGCUCCAGUGCCACCCGGACUUCGACCAAUGCCGCUAUAGAGAAAGCCAUACAAGCCUGUGGGACGACCUGUGGGACCAUACUGCAGAGAGCUACAUUUAACGCCACUGACCUAUGUGAUCAGACCCCCCAACCGUGUGAGGUCCGCUCUACCACGUGCGAGUACAAAGAAGAUGGAGUGACCAGAUGCUCCUGUAAGGCUGGCUACAUCAACAGCUUCUACUCAAACCAAAGCUGCACAGCCUGUCCCAGUGGUCAAAGGUCAGAGGGAGACACAUGUGUGCCAUGCGCGUUUGGCUACGCUGGAUUCAACUGCACUGACUCGGCUCUGUUGGCAGUGGUGGUCAUUGCCUGUGUACUGGGGGGAGUCCUCCUCAUCAUGCUGCUGGGCCUGCUUGCAUACUGCUGCUGGUACCGGUCGCAGUCGGUGAAGAAGCCUUCAGCAGAGUUCAGCAGCCCGUACCCUGUGGAGGACUUCCGGGGCCCCUGGUCCACCUCCCAGGGCAUCACCCCCAUCCCCCGGGCCAGCACCAACUGGGCUUCAGCCCCCAUGGAGAUGACCGAGGGGGGCAGCACACACAACCUGGUCGACAUGAAGCCCCACACCAACGGAGCGGGAUUCCACAUCCUGCCUAAACGGGGGAAGAAGACCGGGUCGUAUGACCUGACCUCAGACAGCAUGAACACGUUCAAGGGGAAGAACCCGUCUCGCUACUCCUACCUGGUGCAGGGCCACGAGAACCCUUACUUCAAACCUGCAGAUGAGAGGAGACCCAUAUGAUAACCCUUACUUCAAACCUGCAGAUGACAGGAGACCCAUAUGAGAACCUCAAUAACGUCUGGAGACAUUGGCCCGUACUCACAAUGCGUCUCCGAGCAGAAAUGCUGAUCUAGGAUCAUUUUUUGCCUUCUUAAAUCAUGACUAAAAAGGGGAGACCUGAUCCUAGAUCAGCACUUCAGAGAGAGGAGGGAAGGCUACAGGGAAGGUGG